CCGCUCGAAGCGAGUACGUCUGAGAUAGAUAAAAUCUUUUGGGAUUACUUCGAAGUGACAACUACCACGAAUUACAACUUGACCGGCAUAACGGAAACGUUGCCGCGCGACCAGAGGGCAGUGUUGGCAACUUAUGGUAUGCUUUUGGCCAUCGGUGGGCUUGGCAACUUGGCUGUGCUGGUGACACUCGCGCGUACUAGACGCAGGAAGUCACGAGUGGAUCUUCUGAUGACGCAUCUGGCGCUAGCUGAUGUGUGCGUCACUUGUGGGGUCAUUCCAUUAGAGAUCGGGUGGAAGUACACGAACGCAUGGCUUGUUGGCAACUCCCUCUGCAAACUGCUGUUAGUGCUGAGGGCGUUCGGCCUUUACUUGUCUUCCAAUGUUCUCGUUUGUAUCUCCGUUGAUAGGUUCUUCGCUGUGCUGUACCCCCUGAGGCUACCGGUGGCCAGGCGGCGCAGUAAACAGAUGCUGUACUGCGCAUGGGCAGUAGCAUUAGCGUGUAGUCUACCACAGAGCAUAGUGUUCAGAGUGAAGCGCCACCCCCGCGUGGCGGGCUUCGAGCAAUGCGUGUCAUUCGACGCGUUCAGCAGCUACCAGCAGGAGGUGGCCUACAACGUCUUCUGUAUAUGCGCAAUGUACUUCGUGCCGCUCGUCGUCAUCACAGUGUGCUACGUGUGCAUAUUCUGCGAGAUACACCGCAGCAGCAAGGAGCUGGAUGAGAAAUGCAUACAUAGAAACGGUAUAAAUCACGUAAGGCUGCGGCGCUCCGGGCGACGAGUGCUGGAGCGUGCGCGGAGAAGAACGCUGCGCAUGACCGUCACAAUCGUUGCUGUUUUCGCUCUUUGCUGGUUGCCAUAUGCCACUAUGGCUAUGUGGUAUAUGAUAGAUAGAGAGUCAGCGAGUCGCGUUUCGCCGCGCGUACAGGACUUGUUGUUCGCGAUGGCAGUGUCCAACUCUUGCAUGAACCCUCUAGUCUACGGAUCUUACACCCUGGACCUCCGUGGUGCCUUUAGAAGGUUACUGAAAAACACGUGCUGUCGGUCGACGGCAGCGUCAGAUACAAUAGGUAACUCUGGAUCCAGUUCAAUAAAGAAGAAUGCUAAUUUAGAGACGCCAUUAGUAAAGCCAUCGAAGAACGGCCGAGUCCGGACCAGGCUCGGGGUCCGUUUCGCGGAGACGUCCCUGACGGCGGUCCCGGACCGGGCGGAGCCGCGGCCGCGCGCGCCCGCCUGACGGCCGCCGCCGCGGCUGCUGUGCGCGCGCCACGAGCGCUGCCGCGUGCUGCACGAGUACUACCGCGAGCGGACCGCGUCCGCGCCCGCCCUCAUGUAGUACGCCUGGUGGCCGCAGCGGGCCGCGGCCCGGACCAUGAUUCCCAGCGCGGCGCGGAUUGUGAUAUGAGGACCACUGACACCACCGGCCACGCUCCCCACCAUUACUACGUAUUGUUGUAGACGUUUUAUUAAAAUACACUAGAGGGACCUUAUCGAAACCACCGACGUCGUCACAAUUAUUGUUAUAAGGCUAUCACAGAUGGAGCUAUAAUCUAUCUUAUUAUAUUAUUAUAUAUCACGGUGUUUGUUACCAAACUCCUCCGAAACGGCUUUACCGAUUUUUAUAAAAUUUUGUGUGCAUAUUGGGUAGGUCUGAGAAUCGGCCAACAUCUAUUUUUCAUACCCCUCAAUGAUAAGGGUCACCCUCCCCAAUAUUUUUUUUAAUGGACUAACAAAAUAUUCUCCAAAUAAUGUAUAUGGCAAAACAACGUUUGCUGGGUCAGCUAGUAUUAAUAUAAAACAUAGCAAGGGAUAUUUUAAUGUAAUAACUACCGGUUUAACUUACGUGUAAUUAGGUCUUGAAAGCUCGGCUAGUUUCGGGACCAUUCGAAACCCUUAAUCGUGAGCAACUGCGCGAGAGUUUAACCGGUAGUUAAGGGAUAUGACGAUAUAUCUUCUAUAGCAAUCUUCGAGUGACCACAGACGUAGCUCUGAUAUAUAUUUUUAUUACGUCACCAAAAUGUUUGGAUAGAUAUAGUACGAUAUACUUAUUGUACAUAGCAUUCAUCAAAUCAGCCUUAAACCGCCCAAUGUUGAACAUAAGCCUCCCCCUUGGGGGGUUUGCCAGUAGUUACCACGCUUGGCAGAUGAUUGACAACCACAGUCAGGCUUUAGAGAUGUUUUAAGAGGGACGCUGCUGCCCAUCCCUCGCACACUCUUAAUCGGCUCUUACGUCACCUACGGAAUAGAAAGGGGCGACCUAUUCUAUGCCAAGACUACACAUUCAAGCUAUGCAUAUUGCAGCAUAGGUGCAUAGCAUUAUGCAGAGCUAAUGAGUGCAAAAUAUUUUAUUAUAGCUGCCGUUUAUGGCAUCUUGCUAUAGCAUAUAAAUAUAGCUUAAAAUAUCAUCAAUCAAUCAUCAGCUAAAAAACUAGCCAUGAUCGU